AUGCCUUGGGAGACACCUUUGAUGCGUGGAAUCUUUGGAGAGACAGGGCCGAGUGUUAACCUCAGUAUGCCGUUGGACUGGGGAACAGCUGAUUUACCUCUGUCUGGAUCGGCUGAACCAUGCCCUGCAGAGCCCAUCAUUCCUUCCCAGUGCAGGUGGUCCUGUGCCCAGUAUGUUUUGCAUAAGUCCGAUGAAACGUACUUGCAACAGAAAGACAAGACCAUGAAUGGAGCACUUGCAAAGUGGAAGUUCUUGGUUUUGACCGAUACACGUUUCUCAGAAGUUGGCAGACAGUUGGUAGAUGCAGAUGAUGAACAGAUAGCUCUGGUGCUGACCUCAGUCAUGGGAGUGAAGUUGCCCAACAUGGUGUUGAAGAGGGCAGGAGCCAUGAUGAUGUAUUACAGGAGAGUUGUUGGCCAGGCACAGUUGCAGUUGUCCUCAAAGGCACCCACACGUCAGGCCAGGCCUCGUACGGUGUUGGAGGUGAAGGCAUUGCAUGCGAUUGCAGAUGGAGUAAGCCACUCAGUGGUUGAUCGAUGCAUGGCGUCGAACUUGCUGUUAGCACUUUAUGGAAGAUGCCGAGUCUCUGACUUGAACUUCGUACAUGAAAUUUUGCAUGAUGUUUCUGGAGGCUCAGGGUUCUUGGAGGUAUCGACCAGGUACCACAAAUCUGCAAGGUCGGCUCAGCAAAAGGCGCUGUUGUUGCCGAUUGUGAUGUCUAGCAGUGGUGUCGCAGAUCUGCCGUGGAUCCAUUCAUGGAUAUCAAAUCGAAAAGCCUGCGGCCUUGCAACUUCUGGACUGGUACAAGGUGCUUUGAUGCCAGCACCCUGCUUAGGUGACAGGGUAGCCUGGAUGAAACGCCCGCUGUCGCCCGGAGAGGUCACAAACAUCCUGAAGGGAUUCCUCUCUAGUGAUGACCCGGCUCUUUCCAGUCACAGCCUCAAGGCCACCACUUUGAGCUGGGCAUCAAAAGCAGAAAUCCCACGCGAGCAACGUCGCAUUUUGGGGCGACACAGUUCAGCAGUGCAAUGUGCAGACUCUUACUACAGUCGAGACAUCAGCAUUGGGCCCGUGAAUUCCUUGCUGAAAGUCAUCAACAUGGUCAAAGAUGGCACUUUCAUGCCUGAUGCCUCCAGAGCAAAUUACUUUCCUGCAGGUGGCGGCAAGUCGUCGAGCAUACCUGCCCAUGUGGUCAUGCAGCCGUUCACACCGGCAUUUUUGGAGAGGGGACAGCCUGCCACUCCAAUGGGGCCCAUGGGUGUGCCUGGUGCAGGGCGUGGACAACCUACAGUGUCUGCGCCAGUUUCGCCGGCAGCCGUGUCGGAUGUGAAGAGUGAGACGAGCUGGAGUUGCAUUGGUGCCAAACAGGGCCUUGGAGUGAUUGAGCUGUCGUCUGACUCCGAUACGGAGAGCUCAGAAAGCAACAGUGUAGCAGGAUCUUCUGAUGAAGAUGAUGCCAUUGACCUUGAGUCGGAACCUGAAGGUGACGGUCGUCAUGCUGGACGUGAUGAAUCAGCUCAUGGCAUCGUUGCCAGGAACACCAAGACAAAGGUGGUACAUGAAUGCAGAGACAAGUCAUGUGUGGGGUUUACUUGCCAAGACGACUUCAUGAGGUCAAUGGAAGGGAAGCUCACAUUGUGUGGCAGGAUGGUCACAAAGAACUAUGGUUUGAUUUGCGGUGCCUUCAAUUGGACGGCAAAGUGCAGGGUCUGCUCCAAGGGACGCAGAGACCCAAACAUGUUGGACUGA